CGCAGUCAUGGCGGUUUCUGACGGCAGUGAUGCUGGCAAUGAUUAUGUUGUGAUCCGAGAGAUCUAUGAACAUGAUGCCGCACAAGAGGAAUUCGAAAAUGAGUUGGAGCAAGCUUUGGAGAGUAAAGUCAAGACCAUUGUCAUUGAACCAACCAAGCUUGGUGAUGAAACCGCCCGAUGGAUAAGCGUUGGAAACUGUCUUCAUAAAACUGCUGUUUUGACUGGGUUUGGAUCAUUGGCCAUUGGACUGAUGUAUCCACAACAUGGAUACUUGUACAUGCCGUUAGGAUUUACAAGCGUAAUAUGCUCGGGAGUCUAUGCAGUCUCAUGGCAGUUCGACCCAUGCUGUAAAUAUCAAAUUGAAUACGAUUCUAGAAAGUUGCAGAGACUACCACUGCAUAAUUUGAGUUCAAGUUCGCCUGUGGUUUUGAUACGAAAAGACGAUACUAGGAGAAAAGUUUUGCAGAAUUCAUUAUCUCUGGCAGCUGGAAUAUAUUGUGGAUGGCAAUUUUACAAAUGGUAUUCAACUUAACCUGAAUGUACUAUAGCAGAAAAUACUGCUUUGUAAUGGCUCAAGUGAAUGGUUUAUUUUCAAGAACAAUAUUGACUUUCUGCCUGGAAAACUGUGCUUAAAAAGUAGACUGUGUGUGAUGCUUCUGACACAUCAAAGGUGUAUUCUCCUGGGCUUUGUGUAUCAGUACCAGUACCACAAAUGGUGUAAUGGUGAUAGAUUCUGCAUGCACCCAUGUGUUAAAUAGACUGUUCACAUAUACAUGUAGAGACCAAGACAUUUUGAGAACAUAGAUCUUUUAGUGUCGAGAUCUGUCUGGACUGUACAAUGCAAUCAGUUUCAUCAUGAUUAUUCAUGGUUUCAUGAUUUGUAUCAUACAUGCAUGUUGUUGCUCAUCAUGUUGCUUAUGUAUGGAGAAAGUUACAUUUUGCCUUCUUCAAUUACCGGUAUGUGGAUAAGUUCAGACCGCAAAAUUGAAACAGCAGCAAAGUUGUUCUGCGACAUUUUGACAAUGGAUGAUGUAUCCAGUGCCCUUGUGUUCAUUGUGAUCAGUAUUUCAAAACCGUUAAGCUGUGAAUCUCUUAUUCCGAUACAGACAAGGUUGGGGAAAUGCGGGCAUGAAUGAAUACAUGGUGA